AAUAAUCAUAUAUAAAGAAAAAGCAGCAAAUAGAUAAAAUUUUCCAAACACGAGAUUCAUAAAUUCCGUGAAGCAGUUAACCUAACGCGUUGAAAAGUAGUUGAAGAAUGAAAUGUUAUGUUUGUGUCCUUCUGUCGUUCUCAUACUGAAGUCAUGAAUAAUUAAUUUCUUACAUUUAACUAGUCAACCUAGAAUUUUAGAUGGAGUUUCGUUCUGGAUGACGAUUCAGAGAUUUGAAGGGUCAAGAAAGCUCAUCAUUUCAGCGUUCUCAUCAAGUAACGCGGAUGCUUUUCAUUCAAAGGUUACAAUAAGAAGAGAUGGAAGCUGAAAGGGUUGAAUUGCUUAGUGUUGUUGAGGAUCAUUAUGGAGGAGUUGUCGUAAGCUUGGAGAAUCAGGAGCCUGUGGAUUCUGAGCUCUUCUCUUCCAUAUUGGAAGCUUCAAUGAACAAUUGGAAGCAACAGAGAAAGAAAGGGGUCUGGCUCAAAUUGCCCAUACUGCAUUCAAAUCUUGUUCAUACUGCUGUCAAGGCUGGAUUUAAGUAUCACCAUGCUGAGCCAGAGUAUUUGAUGCUUGUGCGAUGGAUUCCAGAAACUCCUGAUACCUUUCCUGCAAAUGCUUCACAUCGCGUGGGUGUUGCCGUUUUUGUCGUUAACGACAAGAAAGAGAUACUUGUGGUUCAGGAAAAAAGUGGCGUAUUCGGAGGCACUGCUCUAUGGAAGAUGCCUACAGGAGUUGUUAAUGAAGGUGAGGAUCUUUGUGAUGGUGCAAUUAGAGAAGUGAAAGAAGAGACUGGGAUAGAGACAAAGUUUGUUGAACUUUUAGCUUUCAGGCAAAGCCAUAAGUCAUUCUUCGGGAAAUCAGAUUUGAUGUUUGUGUGCAUGUUGGAACCUCUAUCCUCUGACAUUCAGAUUCAGGCCUCAGAAAUUGAGGCAGCGCAGUGGAUGCCAGUUGAAGAUUAUGCUGCCCAGCCUUUUGUGCAAGAACAUGAACAAUUUGACUUUGUUGCAAAAAUAUGUUCUUCAAAGUUGGAUGGCAACUACACCGGUUUUUCUAACGUGCCUACUUGUACUUCAUCUGGCAAAAAAACCUAUCUGUAUCUUAGCAACAGGGAUGCCAGCCUUUUGUUAGCUUCCAAACAAGACCAAGCUUGACAUUUCCUUGCAAGUUUCCUCUACAUAUACUUGUAAACUAUAUGGAGAACAUUUAUGGAUAGUAGACACCUAGAUAGAUAGAGACAAAAGCGAGAUAAAUACAAGCUAGGAUGUUAUAAGUUGAAAAUAUUCAUGCAGCAUUAUUUUUGAAAUCUGAGACCAUAGUCUUGGACAGUAACUUUUAUGUUCUGUUUGAAGGUGCUAGAGAGUGAAAAAAAGAAAAAAAAACCGAUUGCUUAGAUAAAUUGAACUCUCAUUUUUUUACUGUCACAUGGUAAAAGUUGAAAUAAGUGGGGCCUGCGAGACUUUCUAUUGAAUCUGCUGCAACAAUAGACACAACACAUCGAUAUGCAGAGUGUUAAGGUAGAAAGAAAGUAAGUGUGCACAGGUAGAAAAAGAUGCUAAAAAGAACAGACACUUUUUGUUUGAACUAGGAAGUAGGCACUGUUGUUUUUUAUGGUUAAGAUUUGAAGUAGUCACUGUUGUGAUUAUAGAGAAUCCGUGUCUGUUGGUAGUUGUACAGCAUACGGAUCCCCUGCGAUUGUAUAAUUAAUAACUGCAAUAAUAGUACAUUUUCAAUUA